AUGGGCCUCGAGAUAAAUAAAGUGAGGGAUCUUUGUUCCAUCUACCAGGAUGACCGAGGAACGGGGCCCAACGGAAAGCAAGUGCCGACGACGGCUUUCGCUGCCAUUCACGAACAGGAAAACGCCUACUUCGGCAAAAAGUCGGGUAUCUCCAUGUGUGAUCUCACAGCGGACAUUGUGCGGGAAUGCCUGCGACCGUUGCCCGACGAGAAGAUCUACCCCAUCCUCUCCCCAAAUGAGAAUCUAACCGUGGCGCCGGACGAUAUCAUGGGCUUUCCUACGUCAAGCAAACCCACCCCUAUCCCAACAUUGUCGCGGUAUCACGGCUGCCGUGUGAAGCGCGGGCGCAUCAGGGGGCUAGUUCUCGAGACCUUUGCCUUUCAGUACGAUAUUGGUCUCGUGAAGAUCCGUCCCGACCUCUUUAAAGCCAAUAUCAUGUUCGGCGACGGCGGUGAGCCAAAGCUGAUCGACUUUGGGUCGUGCGAGCCGUUUGGCGAGCGUCUCACGUCCGCGGGGGCUCCUGGGUGGUGUCGAAACCGAUCUCAAGCUUUCGCCUCGGACAAGGCAAAUGAUGAGCACAGUCUUGGGCUGCUGGGGCCAUGGCUGAUACAGUCAAGGAGUUGGAGGACAUUGUAUCGACGACUGCGGACUGGCGGUUGACUUGAAGGACAUACCACCAUUGGAGGUUCCAAUCAAAGGGGAGGAGGCUGUGGAUGAGGUCAAACUGUAGGGCUUGACAGUCUUUGUGUUGUUGAUUUGCCGUGGCUCUCGGUUGUGAUAGAGCGUCCCUGUGAUCAUGUAACCUUUUGGAGCAGUCAGCCGCAGUCCAACCAACAACAGCUCCCAUGUGUGGUUGCACUAGACAUUUCCAUCCAGAUAGAGGCAAUUAUCAAUUCUGCAAAUAAAAUGACGAGGCCUAC